UGCCGUUUCAACCGAGGGGGCUCCAAAAACGACAUUGCUUUCGACGCUGAAGUCGUCACAUAAACAAAAGCGUAUGACACUCGAGAUACACUCUAUACUACGUGAAUUACUGCUAUCGAAAACAUCCUGAUAAUAUCUCUUUCAAGACGCAACUCGAGGUGGGAUACGCGUACGGGGCAUAACUACCAAACACGAAAUAUAUAUCCGGUAGUCGCAAACGGGAGGUCUCGCCAAUGUCGGGCCAACAAGCCAGGUUCUUGCGCGAUGAUAUUGAACCUCCAGCGUACGAUACACUAUCCAUCGCACCGCCUGCCGGCGAUUUUGAGAACGCACAUGGAAAUGGGAGUACGUACAGCAGCAGGCACGACGCAGCUUCUGAAAAAAAGUCGCUCAAAGACAAAUGGCUGCAAAUGAAGGAGGAAGAGAAGCGGCGUAAGGAAGAGCGUGUUCGGCAUGUCACCAAAGCGGAGGCUGAUCGUAUCACCGGACUGGAUAGGCUUAGGGAGCGGCAGAAGGAGGAGGCGAAGAAGAGCGGUACAAAGGGACUUCUGAACUUGUCAAUCUUUUGUUGAAAUCACCAACGCAAUCAAUUCGACACUUUGAUUGGUGGGACGAACGGCUUUUACUGAUACCACAAGGCCCGGAGUAUACGUCGUACGUUGGAUGAAGAUGAUCCUUACCAAGGUUGCACUGCAAGGUCAGAGAUGAGUAUGGUUUAGGAUCUACAUAGAGAAUUGAACGCUGGUUAGUGAAUUUAAAUCGAAACAGUUCUAGACCCUCGCUGUGUAAGAAGGCCAAUCUUAUUC